AUGCACCUCAGAGUCGCCGAGUUCCGCGCGAAUAUUCAAAAGAACCAAAAGAAACGAGCACAGGAGCAACGACAAAAAGAAGUACAAAAACGUGAAGCCGAAAAAGAGAAUCGCAAGAACCUGGUCGGUGUUCGUGUCGUCCAAAAGAACCUGGUUUACAUCACCGGUUUGGCGCCUACAGUUCGAGAGGACGAGCUGCUCAAGACUUUGAGAAAACCCGAGUUUUUUGGUCAAUACGGCAACAUUCAAAAAAUCUCCAUCAGCAACCGAAAAUCUCCGGAUGGACAACACCAUUCACUAGGAAUCUAUGUGACAUUCGAAAAGCCUGAGGAAGCAACAAAAUGUAUCCUAGCUGUGCAUGGAUCUCAGAACGGCGACCGGAUAUUGAAAGCCCAACAUGGCACAACCAAAUACUGCUCAGCCUGGUUGAAGAACGAAAAGUGCAAUAAUCCUGGCUGUAUGUUCUUACAUGAGCAAGGUGAUGAGGAGGAUAGCUACACGCGGCAAGAUCUUUCGUCCAUGAAUAGUAUUCAUACACAGAGACCAUUGCCGGGUGGUGGUGGAAGCUCGUCUCGCAGUGUUUCUCGGCAGCAGAUUCCUCAACCAACACCACCACCGCCGCCUCCUGCAGCUCAACCCAUGAUGCGCACCACUAGUAAGGAUGGUUCCGACAAUGGUGUUGACUCGUCAGCGCUGCCAUCCUCUGCAAACUGGGCUAGAAACCCCCAGCGCAGCCGUAGGGGCAGUUACGCUACCAGCGGUGCAGCAUCUAGUCCUGCCAUCUCUACCUCCUUGCCCGCAACAACUGAAGCGACCCAAGAAGCUAUUGAUGAUACCGAGGCUUCGUCGUCUGCCCAGCCUGUAAUAGGUAAAGGCAAACGACCUCAACAGGCUGCAGCAGCUCAAGCUCCCAACCCGGGCUCCUCAAAGACUAGCGAACAAUCAUCCAAAUCCUCGGAUGGUGCUCUUUUGGCAUUGCUAAAGGCUCUAGAAGUUUGCAGGCUGCCGGCCUUCACAUCUGCUAACGCUAGUGACGACGCCAACCCACCCAUGUUUGAUAUCCGAGGCGGCGAGAAGCGAAGAGCCAUGCGAGAAGACGAAGAGUCUCGGAUUGACCAGGAGGACCAAACAGAAGCUCAGGCUCCGUCCGAAGGCGAACCCGAAACCGGCGGUAGUCUUGCCCUUGGCGGUGAGCCUGAGGACCGGGAGCUCGGCAGCGAUGUUCACAGUUACGACCAACGACAGACAGGAACGCAACCUCCCAUUCAGCGUGGGAAUGCUGACGGGCUGUAUGGUUCAACAUCAAGUGGAUCUAGCUUUCCUCAAGGAUCCAGCAACAUUGGCAGAGCCAUGACACCUCAGCAGCUGGCUUCGCUUCGAUCGCAAGCUGGCUACAAUGACCAAAUGCCUCCUGGCCUUUCAACACAGAAUCCAUUCCAAAGCCAGGGUCAUAACCGUCAGUCGUCUCGAUUCAGUUUCGCCAACGACAAUGGUAACUCCACCACCAAUAUCAAGCUAGCUGCAAACCCUAGAAUUAUGGCUCAGCAAUCAUCCAUGAUGCCCAGCUCGUUCCAGUCACAGUCGAACAGCCAGUUUUAUGCCUCUUCUAUGCCUGGACCACCACCAGGCCUCAAGUCAACAGGCACACCGCCGAGCAUGUUUGGACAAGGGUUCGGCGCAGGCUCAGGAUUUGGCGGAGCCCACAAAGAUUCUUCCAACGAUUUACUUCAGACUCUUAUCGGCCGUAACCGAGGAGGCAGCGCUCAGCCUCAAGAUGUUGGAAAGCGUGAGUACAUGAUUUCUUCUUUUUCAAACCAGUAUCCACCUUCCUCUACCUCCACCCCAGCUCCUGCUUCUGGCCUCCUGUCAUCGCUCUACGGCCCUCCUGGAGCAUUCCCAGACUAUGGUUCGAAGCAGAAGAAGAAGGGUAAAAAGCACAGACAUGCUAACACUUCCUCCUCCGGGGGGAGUGGCUUAGUAGAUCUUGCGGACCCGAGUAUCCUGCAGGCAAGAAUGCAGCAUCAGUCGCAGAGCAAUGCCGGAGUCGCCGGACAACAAGGACUGUUUGGUGGUGGCCAGAGUCAAGGUGGGUACAAUCCUAACAUGAUGUAUAACACUGCACUUUUGUCUCCUGCUCUUGUUGUAAUCCUUAAACUUGGUUUGGGCGUUCAUCGGCAUAUCUCAGCACGACUGCUGAAAAAAUGGGGGUUGCAUCUGCUCUUCGGAGCAGAAAGAUAUGCAUAUCUUGUUGUUUUGAUCAAGCAGGCAUUCGCAAAGGUCGCCGAAACAUACAUCCCUACAAAGGGUGAGCGGCAGGUUUUGCGCAGGGCGUCAGCUCUUUACUUCUUGGUUUAUUUGGGAAUCGGAACUGCGCAUGGAGGCGAAACACCAUCGUCCUUGAGGAAUCUUUCUUUUUUUUUAAACUGCUUUUGUUGGCACCUCGUCUGCCUCGCGUCAGUCACAAGCUCGUUGCGCAGUUGGGAUGAAAUGGGAGGGUUAAGUCAGGCAAGCCAUCAUCGUCUUCCACAAAGCACACACAUACACCCCUACAAAUGUACGUUAACAGAUCGGAUUACGAUGCACGCCUCCAGAGAGGGUAGCAUCUUUGGUCAGAAUAAAACAAUAUUGUCUAUUCUCUCCAACUCUGCCUUUCCCUUCAUUGUCCCCCUGUGGAAGACGAUGAUGGAAGACGAAUUGCCUUCGCUUGAUGAAGCCACUAACUCGGUCGAUGCAUUGGUUUCCGAUGAGCCUCAAGGAGUCUUUUCUGGAAUGGGAUACGGCUUCGACAUGGGGAUGACUCCAUCUGUACCUCCUGGGUUCGCUAUUCCCCCUGGAAUGACGGACUCUCCCACGUCAGCAAUGACAUCCCCUGCUUUAAGCCAGCAUCGUCAAAUUCAUGUCGUACCUGCGUUGCCCAAGGUACCUCCACCUGGUUUGGAACAUGGUGCUGUUACACCAGAGCAAACGCCAAGGAAGGGUAUGGCAUCUGCAUCGGAGACGACAAGAAGCAGCAAACCGUCCAUGUCUGAAGCUGGCAGCUCGAAGCAGGUCCCGCCACAACCCCAGUUUGAUCAGCAGACUGCAUCGUCGACAUUGCAAGAUGAAGAUUUUCCAGCCCUCGGUACUUCCCGACCAACCAAGGCCCGAACUCAGUCGCCAGCUAUUCCCGUCGUUCCCACCCCUAAACCUACACCAUCGGCAAAGAAGGGCACAAGUUCUGAAAAGACUGUGGAUAAAGCAACCAGCAAUCUUGAAGACAGCAUCCUGGCAGCACCGGAUGUAACUAGCAAGAAGCCCGCGAAAAUCAACACGCAGAUACCAAACAAGGUUGUGGACAGGCCAGCCGAACCAUCACCGACAUUCCCUCCUCUGCCAGCACCUAUGACGAAUUCUCCUUCACCGGUUCAACGCAACGGGCCUAGAACAUUGCGUGUCAUGUCGACACCGAGAACGACGGAAGCGCCCACCUUGCCAUCCCCAGUGCACUCGGUGGCUUCCAAAGCUGUCUCAAUCUCACAUCGGCCAGAAACGCCGGGCAGCGAGAUGAUUAGUGAUACAGCUUCCGUCGUGUCAGCUUCAAUAUCGGCUUCCCGCGCAGGAUCUCCUCCACCAAGCAAAAUUGGCUCUGCCGCCGUUCGCACCACGACGAAGAGUCAGCAGCGCAAGCAGCGCAAGGAUGCUCUCAAGCAGGAUACUAAGACUAUUGCAGAGACAUCAAAGCCUGAACCUGAGGAGCACGCACCAGUUAUUGGCCGAAAGAAGAAGCAAAAGAAGGAGAAACCCGCCAAAGCGGCUACGUCCCAAACAAAGCCCUCUACCGCGACCCCUUCUGCUUCUGAAUCUUCCAAGGCUGAGCCAGCGCCUGCGCAGCCUGCGCAGUCUGAGACUACCCAGCCUGCGCUUGUUGAAGAGGCUGUAUCCAAGAGCAAGACGGCGCAGAAAAAGGCAGCUAAAUCUAAGGGCAAAGAUAAGGAAAAGGAGAAAGAGAGUGCCAAAGAAAAGCCGCUGUCUACUUCACCAUCACCACCUCCUCCCCCUGCUGCUGCACCGACAGCACCGACGGCACCGACUGUGCCAUCACAAACUUCAGAAGCCAUCAUUCCUGUUGAGCCAAUUGAAUCCUCGGACCCGGCUGAUAGACAACAAUUUGGGCCUGCCUCUGUGUUUUCAGAAAUCAGGAACUCGCUUUGGACCUCGGCUCUCGACAAACUACAGCUUCUCAAACCAGUUGGCGGCAGCUCAUCACGCCCUGACCACGGUCAAGCUACCAGCGGUGCAAACCAGUCUGGGUGUUGCAAAGACUGUGGUUGCAAGUGCGGCGAAAUUCAAGACGAGGAUCUUGUAGCCCUUCGAGCUGGAAAGCCGGUCCGUAAACAAUUCCAUGUUGACGGCAGCAGGAUGCUUAUCACGCCUAAUGGGGAUUGCAUCCGCGGCUUGACGCCCGAAGAAGAGAAUGCCUUUCUCGACCUACAAGCAGCUAUUGCUGGUACGGCUGAGAACCCUGGCGCCUUUGUUGCUCCCAGACACCAACCAGGCAGCGGUGCCUUUUCUUUGAUCAAGGGUCGUGCAGUUCCCAAUGGACGUCCCAACAUUUUCCCUGCCACGGCGCAGCCGCAGUCUCAGGACCCCAUUGGUAAAUUGCAGCGGGAAGAUGCUCUCAGCUACAUCAACCAAUAUGUCCUACCACGCCUCAACCUGGAUGCCGCAAACAUGGGCUUCCCCAAGGGAGCAUCACCUCUCCGUGACGCAGCAGCAGCAAGCCUCAACGCACUCGCCCCUUACUUUUACGGACCCGAUGCCGCUGCUGGGGUGGGCAUAUACAGUGCUCCGGAUUGUACCCGCGCCAUGCAAGACUUUUCUUCCUCUGGCAGCAGCGCCCCAGCUGCCGAUGUCAACAAGGUUGGUCCUGCGAAUGGUCUUGGCGGCAUCUCUCUCAUGAGUGUCGAGGAUGCAGAGAUACGACUGGCUGCUGCUAGAAAGGAGACAGACAAGUUGGAGAAGGGCCUUAAUGCCGUAAUUAAGCGGAAUAGAAGGCUUCUUCUUGGAGGAGGUAAUUAG